CAACAGCCUCGGCAGGGUGGCCACCCUGCGGACGAGCGUCAGAGUCGCGCUUACCUUCGCGAGCGAUUCUCCGCUUCGUCGCGUCGAAAUGUGGCCGAGAAGUACUAUGACUGUCUGCAAUGUGCAGAACAGUGUUGUCACGUGACCAGUGUAGUCACAGGUAACAACAACAACAACGCAAACAGCACGAACAACAACGUGAAGCUUGCCCAGAAGAUCGCGAAGACCAAUCACGUAGCCCAGAAGAGUGGGACGAACAACUAUCGAGUGACCAAUCACAUUAGUCCCUCGACGAUCAAGGACAAUACCAAGAUCCUACAGAAAAACCCAAAGAACUCUAAUCUGUCUAAGUCCCUGAAGAAUCAGCCUCUGCUUUUGUCCCCGGCCAAAAAGAGUUCCUCCUUAGCUCGUCCAGUUCGCGUUUACGAUUCCUUCUCCCAGCCCAAAGAACUGUUGCCCAUGAACUACGCGUUCCAGACCUACGAAGACGAUGAACAAGAGGAGACUAGCUGGCCUAUUAGGCUGAGACUCGAGCAAAUGUUCGAGCUAAGUCUGCCGCAGACCAAAAAGAAGAAGAAGAAGAAGUCGAUAAGGCUAAUGAAACAGCAACAGCAGAACAGACAUGUCUGUAAGGACACAGAAAGGCUGCUACGUGUAUUCAGCGUUAACAAUGUGGACCAAAAUAAUAGAUACAAUGUUUCACGGUGUAUCGUCAUGUAAGGACUAUGUAGAUGGUUGUUGGGCCGAAUCCCGGUGAUGCUCCGUUAGGACAGGGCUGAGAAUUGAAGCUGACUAUGAGGAUACUGAUCACUUUGAAUGCUAUUAGAGAUUAGUCUUCAAACGGACAGACCUGUUUCCUAAUUCACGGAAAUAUACACGCUAUCGUCAAGACUGUCUUGGAUUAGUCCUCGUGAUAGCUUUAGAACGUCAUCAACUUAACGAACAAUUGUGUCUUUCGAGUGCACGUUGCUCGGUCUGAAUUAUCCUGACUAAACUUUCUGUGCUCGUACUAACAGCUCCGAUUUGAGUGCGAUGAAGGAGAAUCUGUGAAAACCAAAUUGUAUUCAAUGUCCUUCCAAGAUCUCUAAAUGACAUUUGAAGUGAUUCGUAAUGGCCAGUGAUGUUUUAUGACUACGUCAGUUGAAUCCGAUUGUUUAAAGCUGCACUCGAACUAGGCAGACGUGCAGAGAGACGGAUUAGCAGCCAGUUGAUUCUUUCGAUAGGGGACUACAAGCCAAGCCAGUGUUCUUUUUUUAUACGUAGGAACAUUCGUCAAUAGAAAAUCCAAAGAACAUAAGCACAUAGGUUGACAUAUCAGUUAAUACGUAUCAACAUUACUUUCUACUUUCUGUUCUACAAAGUACUUUCUUCGAAGUAUUACACUGAGCAUCCUUCAGAUUUAUUUGAGGUAAAUACAUAUGAGUUAUUACCUUUGAUACUACAGUAAUGUUCGCUCAAAUCCCACAAUUUCGGGUCCAAGCAUUGAAAUUUAACCGAGCAGAAAAAUCAGGUGGAAGCUAUGUGCUUCCAGGAAUUGACUCGAGCACAGCCUGAGAAAGACAAGCAAUCGAUAUAGUGAACGGAAGCGGGAUAGACACAGUCCACGGAAAAUCGAGGGUCAAGGCACGGAUUUCAAAGUGAUGCCGCACGCGUCAAAUAUAAACAUGCAGUGAAGAAAAUUCCAAUUGUACUAAUUUCAACCUUACCUUCUCAAAUCUAGUGUGAAUUAAUUUCUGAGAUUCUUGUGAUUAAAAUGAGCCCAAACACGGUGGAAAUCGGACUAGUUUUACCAAAUUAAUGUAGUUAACGAAAUUAAAGGUUCGUUUCCAUGAAAUCGAUAAAUUAGGCCGAUCUAUGUCGUGUUUGGACUCAUUUUAAUGAGAAGAAUCUCAACAUUUCAUCUGUACUGCGAUUGACAAGGUAAAGUUAAAAUUAUUCCAAUUGAAAUUUUCUUUAUUACAUGUUUAUAUUUGUCGUGUGCGGCGUCGCUUUGAAGUUCCUUGCCUUGACCCUCGAUGCUCGGAGUACUGCGUCUAUCCUGUUUCUGCUCAGUGUAUUUAUUUUCUGUCUACCGGGAUCACGUUACACCGAACUCGAGACAGUGAAUAGUGAGAGAAGAGAAGGGAUGGUGCAGUGAAAUUUAGCCGAGCAUAUUUUGUGGAAUUUAAGCGAGCAUCACUGUAAACUAUUACAACACUUUGUAGAGCAGUAAAUACAAAAAGAAAUCUACAUCAGCGUCUUCUACAGCAUGAAUUCAAAGCCCUUCCUAGAGCAUCCGUUUAAAAUUGAGUUCAACAAACUCGAAAUGCAGUUUCUCAGUUGAAAGAAGCUACAAAAAAACGCGUGUCCCAUUUUGUGGGGCACGUGUUGUACUAGUCAUAAGGAAGUUCUUUGUUCAAUGUGACUCGAGUCUUAGUGCUAUCGCUUGUUGAGUUUGAAUAAUUCACCUCUGGGAACAGAGAAAUCGAUAUUUGUAUCGUUUUUAAGAUAGAAAGUUAACGAUCGGAUCUGGAAAUCAAGGGGAGAAGAAAUAAUAUACAAUUCGCAGUAACCAUUGAGUUGCAAGAUGUUGUUAAACUGACUCGUGGAUUAUCGGAGUAUUUAUCUCGAUGUAAGGAAGAAUGAAUAUUGAUGUUUAAAUCCUGCAGAGAAGGAUUUGCUCGAUGGUUAUUUAUUUCUUCGCUUGUUUGCGCAAACACACAGCUAUUUGUGUACGUGUGCGUGUGAGUGUGUUUUAACUGUUGAGUUGGCGACACUGUUUGGGAAAAUUUCUCGUUGUUGUCCACUUUGUUAACAAUGAAGGACUCUUUCGUGAAACACCCGAAGGAAGAUCAUUUCGGUUUGUCUUUUACAAUUUCGUUGUACAGUUGGUAAGAGGUUAAUGAUCGUUACUAGUAAUUAAGAAAACUUAAGGAUCAAAUAAGAAAUUGAAACAUAACAAUUUGAUACGAAGAUUUCGGAUAUCAUUCGCGAUCAGUGAAAAAAAUCUAACGUCUCGUGCGAGGCACGGGACACUUAGAACCGAUAGAGGUCCUAUUUCAUUCGUCGAUUCCACAGAAUCUUCCAAAUUUCAUCCAACCGAAUGAAAGGGAUUUCCCGCUGAACAUUUCUCAUGAUUCUUCAAUAAUUCGUUUCCGUUCACAUGGAAUAUUUUCAUUAAUGGAUUUAAAGUAUCAAAUACAUCUGAAACAGUACUCUUGAUUAACAACUAUUUGGAAAGAUGUUUAUAAUAAUUUUUGUUGGAAUGUUAACUGUUGUCAAUGCGUUUCUCUUCGAUAGACGAAAACCUAUUAUAUUAACGAACCGAAUUAAAAAGAAAAAUGCAACCAAGGAUUCUAACGUUUACACGCUUGCAUUUUACAACUAAUUCCGUCCCCGAAGGGUGAACUUUCAACUAUCGAGACCCGUGUGUAAUUCGCGUUUAAGUUCUGAUCAGAUACCAUUCGGAAACACGUUCGUCUGCGUUGCCUGUUCGCGGAGACCGAAAGGAGUUUAUAUCUGAGAUCGUUCCGUUGUACGAAAUUAAACGAAGUUGCGAAGUAACUAUAUUUAUAAAGAAAAACGUUUCAGAGGAAAAUUAUUAUACUGAGAAAAAUGUUAUCGGCGGUCGACGAUCGAAUUGCUCGAAACGUUAACGUGCACCAACGAUUUCAUCAUUGUUCUCAAUGUUUCAGUGAAACAUCGCGGCGAUUUCAAAUGAUUUCUAACGUCUUGUCAUUCCGCAGCAAUUCGACUGUCAACCGUCAUUGUAUUUACAGUAACGCUCGCUUAAAUUCCACAAUUUCGGGCCCAUCAGUGGAAUUUGAUCGAACAGACAAAAAGGAGGAAGCUAUUUGCAUCCAGGAAUUGAAUCGAGUACAACCUGACAAAGGCAGAUAAUCUAUAUAGUGAGCAAAAGCGAGAUAGACGGUCCACCUAAAACCGAGUCAAAUUUAAACAUGCAGUAAAGAAAAUUUUAAUUGCAGUCAUUUCGACCUUACCUUCUUAAAUGUAAUGCUAGUGAAUUUCUGAGAUUCUUGUGAUUAAAAUGAGCCCAAACACGGUGGAAAUCGAACUACUUUUACCAAAUUAAUGUAAUUAACGAAAUUAAAGGUUCGUUUCCGUCAAAUCGAUAAACUAGGCCGAUCUACGUCGUGUUUGGACUCAUUUUAAUGAGAAGAAUCUCAACAUCCCAUCCGUAUUACGAUUGACAAGUUAAGAUUAAAAUUAUUGCAAUUGAAAUUUUCUUCAUCAUGUUCAUACUUGACGCGUACAGCUCUCUCUUCCCCUCAUUGUAUUCAUUUUCUGUCCCUGUCCACUGUGACCAGUAGAAGAAUAAGGAUGGUGUAAUGAAAUUUAACCGAGCAGAUAUCGUGGAAUUUAAGCGAGUAUCACUGUAAUGACUCCAUAUUUUAUCUCAAAGUUGACCAAUCGCGCGAUUUGCAUUUACUUGAUGUGCAUUUACGAGCGCAGAGCGUUCUCGAGGGCAUGUUCUCGAUGUCGAAUCGUGAAGCAUACAAAAUGGGAAACCAGAGGAAUAAGAAAAUAGAAAAAUCUCUACAAAAUAGCGAGCCUCCUAGCAUCAGUUGGUCACGUGUCCUCAAGAGCCCUGCAGACCUGCGUCGUUGAACCUCAGAAGUAUAUAGACGUUGAAGGUUUUCAUUCCAGUGCCCCCCUGCCUCCCAAAUGAGAAAAUAAACGAACGGAUGUCUAACAAUCAGGUAAUUUAGGGAUUAGACGUAUUUUCUAGCGUAUAGGAACCCUUUCGUCGAUUCAUUGUGGAUCAGUCGAUAAAACAGCGACCGGACGUUACUUCCUAAAGGGCCCACAUUAAACAAAAGAGUAUAGGUUUCGAGGGAGCGUCCACCACCCCCCUCACACACACACACACAGUAUUCACUCAUAGAAUGAAAGUCACAGCAGAGAUCUCCGUACUUAUUUUUUCACUGUCCGGCACCAGGUUGCUCAUGAACGUUGAGCAACAGUCGUCGCGCCUGAUCGUAUGCUUUCAGCAAACAUAAUCUCGUCGAGUGUGUCGUGUUCCUGUUUAGAAUCCUUCGAUUGUCCUCGAUACUUCUAGCCGAACUCGUUCGCGAAACUCAGGACACGCCAGCAAUGAACGAGUGAUGCCUACAUUUUAUUUGAAAGUUCUACUUCCACUCAGUGAACCAAUACAACCGUGGCAAAUGGAGGUAUUCUACUUAACAAUAUUGUAACCCCUCAUCGUUGACCCUUUCUCAUUUUCUUUGCCAUCGUACUGCUUCAGUUUUGCCCGUGGUACUUGUACAUACCGUACGUUGCAGCGAACCUGGCACUCGUGGCGUCAUAGGGGCGGAGACAGUCGCUCGGUAGGCCCGCCUAUUCCCCUUCUACGGCUCCGGGACAUCCAAUUGCGAGUCCGGAAACGACUCUCCGCCUCUCUGAAGCGCGACGCGACUAAUGUGCGUGAGUACCUCAGCGAAUCGUACACCAGAACCGAAAAUUCGUGUCGACAAGGCGUGCGCCUUUGAAUCUGACCAAUCAGAUCAAAGUGCCAGAUUCCCUGCAACGGACGGUAUGUAUAUUUUUCUUCUUGGCGUAUGGAUAUCAUGGAGUUUAGAUGAUGCGAAGAACUUUUUACUGGUUUACUUUUUUUUGGUAUGGUACCAAUGUUUCCUUCCCAGUCGAUCCAGGUUCCUUUGUUGAUGCUUGAAUACCAUAGAAUUCAGGAAAUGUGAGAAGUUACUUCUCGCUAACUUUUCUUUCCUUUAUCAUGGUACCAAUCUUUUUUGUAUCUGUACUGCAUUCUCUUUAUUUGUGGAAGAGAGUGGUAUUUGUUGAGGCGUUGAGGUGCUGAUACUUUGUUAACUUUUUAUAGUAUGUAUCACUCCCUUUCGUUGCUUUUAAUUGUUGCAAGAAGGAACUGAACGUUAUAGGAGGGAGAGAACAUGAUUUGUUUGUCUAUGUUAACGACGGGGAUACUUGUGUCAUCUGUUUGUAAGAUAUUGUACGAAAAGUUUAAUUUUAUUGUUGAUAUUUUCUAUCUUUGGGAAUAGUUCCACAGACUUGUGAACGAGUUUGCAUUAACAAUUGCCGAGGACCGAGAUCAGAGUAGCUUAGGAUUAAGUAUCAGGGAUAACAAUUGUGUUAUUGUACGUUGUAAUGCUACAUAUAUUAUAUUUCAUUAUAUUAAAUACUGUAAUGUAAUGAGUGCCCUACCCCUGUUCAAGUGUAUAUCGAAUUAUUAACUGUACUAUAGUGUGUAAGCUAUUCCAACUACCAUGCCCAGUAUUUUCUAAGUAUUAUGAUUAUGCAGCAGGAUGUGUUCGUGUUAUUGUAACUCUUUCUAGUCUGCUGUUUUGCUGAUAUAGUUACACACUGACACGAAUUUUUUACUCUCUGUUUAUGAAAGCAUAAGCAAAAUUUAGUUGUGUAAGAAACGUGUGGAAGUAUUAGAAUAUAGUUAUUUUUUUAUAAUAAUAGUAUUUUCUUCACGUUGUAAUGCAAAAUUAUUUUUUCUUUACCAGUAUAUGUACAUAACUGUAUUUUAGAAUAUAUAACUAGAAGUAUAGUUCUGUUAAAAUAUUUAAUAAUUUUCAGUUGAUAACUGGUAACAUAUGUAGUAAUGCUCGCUUAAAUUCCACAAUUUCGGGUCCUAGCAGUGAAAUUUGACCGAGCAGAAAAAACAGGAAGAAGCUAUGUGCUUCCAGGAAUUGCAGUGAAGAAAAUUCCAAUUGUACUAAUUUCAACCUUACCUUCUCAAAUGUAGUGUCAGUGAAUUUCUGAGAUUCUUGUGAUUAAAAUGAGUCCAAACACGGUGGAAAUUGGACUAGUUUUACCGGCUUAAUGUAAUUAACGAAAUUAAAGGUUCGUUUCCACCAAAUGGAUAAAACUAGACCGAUUUACGUCGUGUUUGGACUCAUUUUAAUGAGAAGAAUCUCAACAUCACAUCUGUACUACGAUUGAGAAGGUAAGGUUAAAAUUAUUGCAAUCGGAAUUUUCCUCGUUGUAUGUUUAUAUUUGACGCGUGCGGCAUCGCUGUCUUUCUUCCCCUCAUUAUAUUCAUUUUCUGUUCCUGUCUACUGGGAUCACGUUACACUGAGCUUGGGACAGUGAAUAGUGGGGGAAGAGUAAGGAUGGCGCAGUAAAAUUUAAGCGAGCAUCACUGUUAAUAAUGCUGUGUCAACAGCUAUUUUCAUUCUUUAAUUAUUUAUAUAUUUAUUUAAUGUUGCUUCCGUGCUACUUAGUGAACAUGUGUAAAGCAGCAGCCUUGAAAGAAGUAACACAGAAGAUUAAAGUUAAUGGAUGCUAUGUUCACUGAACCAAUAUGCACGAAUGUUUGGUGAGUUGUUAAAAACAUUGUGAGUUCGAUUGAUGCACGAAAAUGACUCUCUUCAAUGAGAUACUUUUGAGGAGCGAAAUUGGGAGACAGAAACGUUUCAUUUCUAAGUAUAAGAGUGGCUGCGGAUUAGCUAUGUCUCGUGUGCCAUAACUCCUAACGUUUGAUAUAUUUACCAAGUUUAGUCCAUUUACAAAGAAACCUUUCAUACACACCCGAGCAAAUGUGUUUAACCAAAUUCAUAGACUGCACGAAAUAUAUAUUAUCUAUACAUACAACGAAGUUCCAG